ACAGGAGGAAUCGCUCAUUUCGACUUCGAAGAAGGCGCAAUGCGGGCAUUCCACUCCACUUUCUCACAAUCCACAACAAAGGGAUGCCUUUUUCACUUCGGGCAGUGCUUGCAGAGGAAGCUCUCCGAACUUGGCCUCAAGACCCUCUAUUGCGGAAAUGGAGCGCACGCCGAUGAGAGGUACAGCAGCAUCCGGGCUUGGCUGCGCAGAUGCUCUGUGUUAAGCCUUCUUCCGCCUGAGCUCGUUCACCCUCACUGGUCGAUCUCGUUGAAGCCGUCGAGACCUCGGAUCGACGGAGACCCCAGGAUAGAUGGAGCUCUGGACAUGUAUGUCGAGUACUUCGAACGCCAAUGGCUUCAGAACGUGGAUCUUUGGAACUUCUGGGACGAUGCAGACCACAUCCGCACGAAUAAUCACGUCGAAGGUUGGCACAACUCUCUGCGUGCCAAGUUUCACAGUUCCCCUCACAUGUCUCUGUCGAAAUUCCUUGUGGAGUAUCAGUGCGACGUACACAAUACGAACCAGGUGCGGAUUCGACAGCUACUGAACGGCGCCCCGCCCAACCCACGACAUCCGAACUAUGCGAGAAACAACAUGAAUAUUGAUGACGCCCGGGCAUCGUUCUCUUGGACAUACGAAAGCUACAGUUCAGGGCAAAUGACCCUCGAAGCGCCUUUCACGAAUAUAAUAGAGCAGUUUGCCCACAACAUCAACUGCUACCUGCAGCGCGUAUCGUACUUACUAGGCACCAGCUAA